UCGAUGUACAUCAGAGACACAGAAGAUCUCUCCGGACGUCUACUACAUGCAGUAUGAUCCUGAGAUGAGAAGUCGUUCGAUGUACACUGUUAAAGAUAUUUUCCGUUGUACAAUGCGCUCAACGGUUACCACUUGUUUUUCAUUUAACUGCCUCGAGAUAAUGCGGCCAACGUAUUUCCGCCCGCCUGGAUCCCAGUGUUACACGGUUGAUGCUAUACAGUGGUCAGAUGAAGAUCAUCGCUUUAAGAAAUGCACUAUGCCUUGGACAUGGGGACUGAGCUAUACCGUUUCGGUGGCCCAGCAAACUGUAAAGAGGCUACCGUCGCCGUUCGCGUCUAAAUGUACUGACUACAAUGCGCUGGGAAAACGUCCGCACUUUUUUGGAUACCUCACCCAAGACCUGUGCAUUCAAGAGUGUGUGAUGGAGGCCGAAAACGUUCAGUGCGGCUGUAUACGGAAUACGCACGAAUUUGCCGGAUUUGUCCCUUACAAGACCUGCAGCGUCGAAGAUCUCGUCAUUUGUGAGAAGCAACUUGCCAAUGAUACGAUUCCGAAGUGUAUGGAAAAAUGCGGACCCCCUUGUCUCGAGACCACAUAUGAUGUUCGCUUAACUUCACUGGGUGAGGACAAAAAGGAAAAAGAUCGGCAGUCGUUUUCUGUCUCCGUCAAAUUUUCGUCCGAUUCGCAAAAAAUAUUCCAGUAUCAACCUAAACUCAGCUUAAUCGAAGCAUUCGGUUAUAUGGGCGGUUACAUCGGAAUGUGGCUUGGCCUAUCUCUGUUUUCCCUAACGACCGAUGCUGAAAGUUGGUUGCGUAAAUACCUUUUGGAACGGGCCAAAAAGAGAGCUAAACUAGUUGACAGGGACGGAACGCUGAAGGUAUCCAAGGAACUCCUUAACAGCAGUCAAACAUCAGCGAAGGAUUCGCAGAAGGAUAUACAGGUUCUUAGCGACCGAAGCGCCACAGCCGCUUCUAAUAAAAGCAGGAACCUGUACUCAAUGAGUACUACCUACGGGCCUGUAAUGAUUCAUGAGGAAUACCGACCCGACGCCCGUCGCUUUCCCGCAAACGUCAUUAGAAGAUUUUAAAUAUAAUAAUCUUUUGUAAUAUUCUGCAAAGUCCUAGCCAGCAUAGGAGGUCUAGUCUGCACUGUUCGAAACGGGAAAAUGUUUGUGCCGUCUCGGCUAGAAGAACACGGCUUUACUACCAAUACAGAUGGUUAGAAAUGAUUAAUACAUGAAUUUCGUAGUUAGCAGGAAAAUGGUCGGCAAAUAUAAGUAGAUAGACUACUUUUUCUAGUUGUAAUUUUUAAAUUUUGGGACAUUGCCUAACUUUUUGUAGCCUGUUAGGUGUUCAGUGAUUCUACAGUGGCUUCAUGAGGAGAAAAGAAUACGUUGAAAGGAGGCGCAAUGCUAUGAAUGAAUAUGUGAUCCUGAAUAACAAACUACCAUCACGUAUA